GCAAGAGAAUAGUGCAUUCCAAGGUGUAUGUAGCCGUAACGAAUAAUCGAAAGCCUAUGGAACAGUAGUAAUAGUAGUAGUAAUAGUAGUUAGUAAGUAGUAGGAACAUUAAGAGAGCAAUAGCAAUAGCAAGAACAAGAGUAGUAGUAAUAGUAAUAUAGCAAUGAACACUUUCCCUUGAUAGUCGUGUUAGGGAUGGCGUUUCCAUAGAGAAAAGGAGGAAGAGUAAAUAAAGAGAGAGCGAGCGAGCGAAUAAGCAAGCAAGCAAGCUAGCACAUCAGAAAUAAAGUGUGUCGAGGUCUUUUCACGGGCAGUCGCAGAAGCCUGGGCUCCUCCUGGGUUCUGUGUAAUCACAGUUGCACGAAACGCACGGGAACUUAUUAUUUCCAAUUUCUUGCUUUUAAACAAUUUUUCUUUUUCUUUUUUUUUUUUCUCUUUUUUUCUAUCCUCUUCUCUGACUACUCUAAUCUUACUCCUUCUUCCUUUCUUAUCUUUUCUUUCUUCUAUCCUUUCUCCUCUCCGUCUUUGCCUAUCUUUCUCUUUCUUUGACUCUCUUUCUUUUCUCCCCCUUCUCUUCUUCUAUCUCCUUUCUCUCCUCUCUCUAUAUUUCAUUCUUUUUUUUUCUCUUUCUCUUUUCAAAUUCGAUACCAUGCAUAAUUUGCCGGUACUCUGGUGAUCUUCACGACAGAGAAGUCUUCUCUUUUAAUAGUUCAGCUCUGCGUCGUCUGCUGAGUAACAACGUGUUUGAGGUAUCAGGAGUGCUGUGACAGUCAAUCGUGUCUUAUUAAGUGUGUUGGAAUGUACGUGAAAACUUGCUGGAAAUUUUUUUAACGAUGAUGUUCUCUUCAUUACUUCUUCUUAGUAAGUGUAUUGUUUACAAGAGAGACCCUACUACUACUACUACUACUACCUACUACUACUACUACUACGAUGAUCCUGAUAAAAGAGUGUGAUAUUAGACGAAUUCUUUUUAAUAUGGAAUAUAUUCGGUGGAGCUCUUUCGUAUACCGAAGAAAUUGUACGAUAUCAUGGUCAACCAUUAGGAUAUAGAAUGCCAACGUCUUAUGGACUACCGACACGUGGAUGGUCAUCGGAAAUAUGGAAUCCUGGGGUACGAAGAACGGGAAGUCAAUUGUAUAGAAGGGACGUUCAAAUUCGACCGCCCCAUGUACACUUCGUUAAGAUCGAAGAAGAACAAACCGAUCCUUUGGCGACUUUAAGCGAAACAUUAGGUGCAUUGAAUACCGUGGGAAGUUAUAUCGUUAAUAUGACGAGAGGAAUGGAAAAUUCAAGUAGCCCGCCAAAAGAACUUCCAUCUGCAUUGUAUACCAUUUCGAAAAAUAUUUUAGGACUCAAUGUAACAGACAGUAUAGCACCAUUGGUAAGAAGAGGUGUUGGCUUAACAUCCAAACCAUCAAUCAAGAUACAAACAACAGCAGCAACAGCAGCAGCAGCAACAACAGCAACAACGACGACGAGGACAACAACAACGACAACAUUAGAACCUACAGUCAUAGCGAUAACACCAACAAAUUUAUCAAGACCUAUUUCUCAAGCACUUCCUCAACAAUCAGUGGAAUUAGCUAACAGAGAUAGAGAUUCUUUAUUACCUACAUGCAUUACGGCAGAGGGUUCAUCGGGGAAAUGUCAAGAUCUCAGCAAUUGUCCGCAAUUGCUGUUGGAUUUAAAAAAAUUAAGACAAUCAUUAUGCUUUAAAAGUAUAUUCGUACCUGGUGUUUGUUGUCCUACGAAAAAAUCAGACGAUUUAUCGGAUGAUGGAAUAAUUACUGGUACCAUUUCACCGGCAUUAAUUCAGACCACUGUUCGACCUACUCGACCACCAUAUCGUCCUAUAAAACCACCUACACCACGACCUAUACCAUUGUAUCCAGUUGAUUCAUCUACAUUAGAACCAUCGACCGGAACGAUCCAGAUGCCAGACUUGUCAAUUAAUAAUUCGAACAAUGUCGAGACAUUAGGCACCGUCGACAAUAAUUACAUACAAGAUGACGAAGAAUGUGGAGUGAGAAAUUCUGGAAAGUAUAGGGUCGUUGGAGGUGAAGAAGCAUUGCCAGGACGUUGGCCAUGGAUGGCAGCUAUUUUUCUUCACGGUUCUAAACGUACAGAAUUUUGGUGUGGAGGCUCCUUAAUUGGACCACGGCACAUCCUAACUGCUGCGCAUUGUACGAGAGAUCAACGACAACGACCAUUCGCCACGAGACAAUUCACAGUACGCCUUGGUGACAUAGAUUUAGAAAGAGACGACGAGCCGUCCUCACCAGAAACUUAUGCUGUUAAAGCGAUUUAUGCUCAUCCAAAAUUUUCUCGAGUUGGUUUUUACAACGAUAUCGCUGUCCUUGAGUUAAACAGACCUGUGAAAAAGUCACCCUAUGUAAUACCAAUAUGUCUACCACAGGGACGCUUUCGUAGCGAAGCAUUUGCUGGUGCUAGACCAACUGUGGUUGGAUGGGGAACAACCUAUUAUGGUGGAAAGGAAAGUACAGUUCAACGACAAGCAGUAUUGCCCGUAUGGAGAAAUGAGGACUGUAAUGCGGCUUACUUUCAACCAAUUACGAGUAAUUUCUUAUGCGCUGGUUACAGUCAAGGUGGCAAGGACGCUUGUCAAGGUGAUUCAGGUGGCCCGUUAAUGUUAAGAGCUGAAGGUCGAUGGAUGCAGAUAGGCAUCGUAUCUUUUGGUAACAAAUGUGGUGAACCUGGUUAUCCUGGUGUUUAUACGCGUGUCACGCAAUAUCUCGAUUGGAUAAAAGGCAAUUUAAAAUAAAUUCAUUAUAUGUAUAUUUUUGACAUGUGCCAAGGAAUAAUAAAUGGCAUUUUCUUUU